AUAUUAUUGAACACCCUAAUUUUUCGAGUGGGAAAUUUUGAAAUUUUUGAAUGUUUGUGUAUUUGGAGGUGUGACAGGAGGUGUGUCAGCAUAAUCUGCUCUUAAUCUCCCGAAGUUCUUCUACGAUGGAACAUUACAGAAGGGAUAAAUCUAUUAGCCACAAACUAGAAAAUCCGUUUGCCGACGUGCUGAAGAAUGAAAAUAUAUGUAAGGUUCAAAUAUCCGAAUAUAGUCAACUGAGCAAAGUUUUGGGAUAUGCAAUAAGUAAACUUCGUCACCCAUCAACUAAACUUAUCUUGAUCCAGGGUCAAGGAAAAGCUUUACACAAAGUUGGAAAUUGUGUGAGAAUAUUGAUGACAAAACAUGAUAAUCUUCACAGAUGUGAUGCAUUGACUCAUAAGAUACAUGAAGAUAUCUGGUUGCCAAUAGAUACAGAGAGUAAUUUAGAUGGGAUAAGUGUUAAAAGGCAUAUUCCUGCACUAUUUGUGAUUUUGGCUAAAGAUGAUCUACCUGUUGCUCUAAAAACUCAUCCUCAACGACUACAGUUAAAAUCUGCUUCAAAUAUCGCUAGCCGACCGGAAACGAAGUUAGCAUCGGGACAUCGCCAAAGAAAGCCGCACAAAUAAACAGAAGCUCCAUGUGUCGCGGUCAGCUGCAGAUUUUUUGUCGAAUGUAGUGAUAUACACGGUGAUUUUCAUCGUUUUUGGUGAAACGGAACCCCAAUGAAACACUGUGUGGAGGCUCAAGCUUCAAGGAACCCCUAUCUUGUGCAAUAGUCUAUUUUCCUAUAUAUUUAACCCUAUUCGUAUAAUAAUAAUAGAUUUUCGGAUUUGAAUGUAACUUGGCCUGUAUUGACGGUAGGUACCCUGGUCGAAAAAAAUACUUGUUUGGUAUCUUGUGACACCAACGAACGGUUCAUAUCUACAAAUAUUUCAAAAGCUAUGAAAGUGAUUCCGAAAAUAGCACUUGUGAAGUGUUGCUAAAGUAUUGGAAGUGCAUUAUAGACAGGUACAUCCCAUACUGCUGUGAUGAAUGUUCUUUUAUGGUCAUCUUCGCUAUGACAAACUGCAGGACUUUUAUAACCUACCUUAACGCUCUGUCUACAUGCAUCCAUUCUAUAGUACCUUUGUUACUAUAGUAUUAUAUAACGAUAAUAAUGCAAGGUAUAUGCAAUUCUCUUGUCUAGCCUGUUAAUUAAACAUAAUUCAUUGGAGAAUGGAUGGAAAAAAUGACAUCUAAAGUGGGGCUUCCCAACCUUUUCCAGUUCGCAGCCCACUUUUAUUGCUAUUAUGUUUGUGUGGCCCUGUUAAUAUAUGAGGGAAAAAAAACAAUGUAUCCAUGUGCAA